UCCAUGCUUUUUGGAGAGUAUGUGUCAUCACAAAGUCUCCAGUGUCAGUCUGUUUUGUUCCUGAGUGAAAAUUCCUGGCUUAAUCUAUUUUUGCCAAUAAAUUGUUGUUUUUUGCGUAUUCUGGUCAUAAAAGUGGUGAAGUUGAUGAGAUUUGCAUCGAUUGUCGCUGGUGCUGGUGUUAUAUUCCUACGGGAAAGUGCGAUUCAGGUGAAAUUUGGGAAAAAUGGUGGGGCUGGUGGAGCAGAUGUCAACUUUCCCAAUUAAUUCACGAAUUAAGGUGAAUAGUGACUAUGGGACAGUGAAAUUUUUUGGUGAGAUCAAAGGUUAUUCCGGAUUGUGGGUGGGUGUUGAGUGGGAUGAUUCUCGUCGCGGGAAGCACAAUGGAUGUGUCAAUGAGAUUCAGUACUUUGAAACGACAUGUCCUAAUGCAGGCUCUAUGAUUCGUCCGGGGAAGAUUGUUCCAUUUGAUUCUCUGGCUGGAGCCAUUGAGAAGCGCUAUGUACUGAAUAUUGGCAAUCCCCUGGAUGAGAAUCUCAUGCAGCAAGUCAAGGAGAAUGUGAAAGCAUCAAUUUUUGAAUUUGUUGGAGCUGAGAAGAUCAUGAAGAAACAGAGCCAUGUGGAGCUACUUGAGGAUAUUUCUGUGGCAUGCUCAAAUACCCAAACUGCAGGGGAUUUAAUGCCCUUCUGCAAUUUGGUUACGGUCAAUCUUUCGGCUACACUCAUUUGGAAUUGGAGAAUUGUUGCAGACAUUGCCAGUCAAUUGCCACGUCUAUCCUACUUGAAUCUAUCGCAAAAUCGACUUGUAUUGCCCUCGGAUUUGGAUAUUUCUGACCUCGAACCAUCAUUCCGUCACGUGAAGGACAUCAAUUUGAGCGACUGUGGAUUGAGUUCCUUCAAGGAUAUUCUCCAAACUGCUCGUCUCUUUCCCUGGAUUGAAUACCUCUCGCUGCAGAAUAACAAUAUUUCAACUCUUGCCGUCCCAGAUUGCAAUUUUGUCUUCAAAAAUCUUCUUAACCUGGAUCUGCACAUGAAUAAGCUGUCGAACUUUGACGAAAUCCUCAAACUUGGUAAUAUCCAGAGUUUGGAAGUGCUCCUUCUCAUGCAUAAUGGAUUGAGAAGGAUCCACUUACCGGAUUGUGAGCCCACUCAACACUUGGACAUUUUUCCCAAUCUGCUGGAGAUCAACUUGAAGAAUAAUCCCAUUGAGAAUGAAGUUGAGACAUUCAAUGAACUGGACAAAUUGCAGCAUCUGUCUGUGGUCAAUCAGACACCGGAUCCAAAAAGUGGCUUUGAGAAUAUGUUUUCUCAUGCCGUGGCAUUAAUUAGCAAUCUCAAGAGCCUCAACAAGAUUAAUGUGAAUCCAAUAAGCAGACGGGAAGCUGAGUAUGAUAUCUGGAAGAAAUAUGGCUGGGAAUAUUUGCUGACAAGUGGCAGCCCUACUGACAGAAAUAAGUUUAUGCGGAAAAUUCGUGCCUACGGAAAAAUUGUUGAGAAAUACGGCUGCCCCGAUGAAGCUCUUGUACGUCCAGCGACUAAACAAUCAUCAGUGAUCACUGUGAACUUACUGGAUCCCGAAGCAAAUCGACUGGUGACCAAGAAACUUCCCAAAAAGAUGAUGAUUCAAGCACUUCAGGGACUUGUUAUUAAGCUGUUUAAAUCUGAACCAGGAAAAUUUCCAAUACUCAGUUAUGUGGAUGCCGAAAGGCAAGAUGUAUGUGUCGUUUUGGAUAAUAUGUCCAAAAACCUGGAUUACUAUUCCAUCCAGGAUGGUGAUACAAUAAUAAUUCAGUGGUAAAAUCACAA